AUGUUAAAUUUUUCUAUUUGCAGAUAUCCUCCGAGAAAUAAUGCUCCGCCCCCCGGAUAUCCGCCUAUAGGUAAACCACCUUCCUUAGGUAAUGUUCCACCACAAAGCGAACCGCCACCGGGAUAUAGAGGACGUUAUGACGGUCCACCGUUUGAAGAUAUUCCUCCAGGUGUAGAACCACCAGUUCCAGGGUUUGAACCAUCACCAUUUGAAAAACCACCCUUUGGUCCAUCGGGACCGAUGGAGCGCGACAGAAUACCCCCACCUAGUUAUAGAGAUCCAUACAGAGCUCCGUUUGUUGAAGGUCCACCUGGGUAUAGAGACGUAGCCGGUUUACCUGCUGUUUCUAACGAUAUUCCUGUUCAUGUACCGGAUCAUCCUCAGCGUUACAGAGAUAAUUUUCGACCAUCAGGUCACUCAUAUCGUGAUCAAGGUUCGAUGCCUUAUAGAGAUGGACAAUCAUAUCGGGAUUCUGGACCUCAGCCCUCGUAUCGUGAUAAUAAUUUUAGAGGGGGACCACCUUCCUUAUUCAGAGAUACAAAUUAUAGGAAUAACCUAUAUAGAGAAGGCAACUUUCGUGAUAAUUUGCCUCAUAGUUUUCGCGACGGCUCUAUGCCAUAUAGACCACCUAGUGCUGAUCCAAGAGAGCCGUCGUCAGUGCCUUUUAAUGACCCUAAUUAUAGAGAGGGUUACAGAGAUGACAACAAUUCAAGUAGAGAUAUACGGCCAGGUUAUCGUUCUAAUCCUCGAAGUCGAGGAGGCAGACGUAACCCUAACGCAGAAAAUGAUAGACAUAGAGAGAGGGAAGGUAGAGACAGAGAACGUUUCAACGAGAAUCGGGAUCCAUCUGAUCGUCCAGAGAGAUCUCGAGAAGUAGACAAAAGGCCAGGUUACGAAAAAAGUAGAGAGAUGAGAGACGAUCGGAUGCGUGAAUACGACAGGAGUCGAGAUAAUGAUAAAGACCGUGAUCGAGGUCACGAUAAAUCGUCACCGGAAAAGAAAAUACGUAUGUCGCCAAAACGUGGUCGUGAACCACGUGAGAGAAAACGCAGUGAUUCAAGAGGACGAUCACGCGAUCGCGAUGGUAGAAAAGAAAAGAAAGAAGACAGAUCUCGUGAUAAGACCUCUGCCGAUAGAAAUCGUGAACAUAAGGAUAAAGACAAGAAAAUUAAAGACAGAAAAAAGAAAAAGAGAGAAAAGGAAAAGGACGUGGAGAAAAAAAAGAAGCGGGAUAGAAAGGAAAAGAAGGAUAGGGAUAGCUCAAAGAAAGACGAUGUAGAAAAAUCAGAACAGGACAUCAAAGAAGAUUUAAAGGAACAUAGUGUUACUACUGAAAAGAUGACAUCAUUGGAUACAGAAAAACCAACAAAGGUUAACGAUGAAACAAUAAAAUCAGAAUCCAAUGAAACAGUGAAAAAUGAUCUGUAUGGCGAUGAAGCUGCUGAAGCAGUUGAUAAAGAAAUUAUUCAAAAUUACGUUAAAUCUGAAGAGGUAGAAGAAACAAUUGAUACGAAAAUUGUGGAAACUAAUAUGAAAGAAGAACCAUUUGACGGCAUUGAACUUCAAGCUGCAACAGAUGAAUUAGAAGCAGACAUUGAAGGAACAAAUAAUAGUAAAGAAAUGUUAGCUCCUUUACCAGCUUUAUCUAAAUGGGAAGUUGACGAAGACAAUAUGGAGAAAUCGAAAGAACCAGGUGAACUAACAUCCCCAGACGAAGAAGAAGAUGGGGGUAAAGUAACGUCGGAAGUUAUAAAACGUGCUGAAAAUGCUAUAUUUGCAAAGGCUAUUAAUUCACUUAGACCAAUUGAAAUUAAAAAAAUAAGCAGUGAUCGUUUGAAAUUAUAUGGUGACGAUGGUCAAUCAAAAAAUUCUUUAAAUAAUAUUCAAAUAACUGUACCGGUUUCAGAUCAAGAGCAAAGAUCUGUUGAAACAAAUGAGAAGAAAAAACGAUUUUCUAAAACACCACCUCCUCGUCUUUCUGUUAAAGAAAGACUCGGGGGUAAAGUUGAAGACAUUCGAAGAUCUAGAGAACCGCGAGUUGUUCAAAGUACAGUAGAACGUGUUAAAUCUCGAUCAAAAACACCCAAACGAGAACAGGUACCUUAUCGUCGAGUUACUGUAGAAAGAGAUAGAGUACGUAAGCAUGACAAUCUGAGUAGGAUUGAAGGAAUAAAAUCUGAAAGGAGACAAAAUCUUGAAAGUUCAAAAUCAGAUCAAAACUACCAAACAAGUAGUAGUGAACCUAAAAAGAGAGAUAUCGAGAAAUCUAAAGAUGAAAAGAAAGGUUCUAUUCAAGAAAGAAUCAAUUCUAGAAGUCAAGACGAAAAUGUAAUAACCAAGAAUUUACAUGAAAGAGAGAGAAAAAAAUCGACAUUAGAUGAAGCUAAUUUUGAACCUGAUUAUGAUGAAAACGUAGAAUCUGAUAAUGAUAAUAAAGACGAUUCUAUUAAAAAACGUGAACGUUCAAGGGAAGUAUCCCCCGCGGGAGUCAGUGAAUCCAAGAAACCUAAAAUGGACAACGAGACUAUAAAACUAGAUUUGACGAAUGUAAAAAAGAAGCCCGACUCUGAUAGUGAGUCAUCGAGUGAUUCAGAGGACUCAUCAUCUUCUUCUUCAUCGGACGCUCGUAAGCGCAAGAAAAAAAAGAAACGGGCAAAGAAAAGGAAGAAACGUGUGGCAAGUGACAGUGAUAGCGAAUCCGAUUCUAGUUCGGACGAUCACAAGAAAAAGAAGAAAAAACGUAAGCAUAAGAAGAAGUCAAGCAAGAAAAAAAAGAAAUAUAAGCAUAAGUAGUUUGUUUUAAUUAAGCCAAGUUCUUUUAUUUACUUUAUUUCCUAUAUUAUCUUGUCAUACUAUUAUCUAAUAUUGUUAUAUUAUGAAAUACAACCUAAAGUAUAAAUGUUCAGGUAAACAAGUUUUAGUGCACUGCAUUAUAGUCAUAUUAUAUUUCAAAAAUAAAAAAUAAACAAUAA